GUGCUUUAAUCGUAUUUCCUCUCACGCAGGAAGCGGUUUUGGUUGGCCAUCUUGAUUUUUCCGGGACCAUGUGGAUUUGUAAACAUUAGCCACUCAUCUGCAGCUAACGCCGCUUCCAUGCUUGUUUUUAACAGAUAUUGAUUGGUAUCAGGCGUUUUCUGGUGUAGUAUUAUAUUACAGUUCUAUGUUUUUUUAUAUGUCGUUUUUUUUUUUAAAUUUUGUACAUCUAGCUUGCCGCGCGCCCUUUCGCUAGUCUUAACCCUGCAUGCAGCUGCUGUGUGUUACUUAUUCCGUUCUGAGUGAGUGACAGAGUAUCACUGGCAGAUUACCUGAUGGACUCUCAUGAUCCUCUGAUGUUGCUGGCCGUGGAUCCCUCGGACCGAGGCUCGCAGAGGUGCAGGCUGGGUCCGGGGUUGAUGUCGGCGCUGGGUCUGAGUUUGGGCUCCCCGCUGUUGGUGCAUGUUCCCGGGGGGAGCUGCCUGUGCACCGCAUGGCCCCGCUCCGACUUGGCAGAAGGAUUUCUGCAGAUGGACCGCAAAUGUUUCACUCCUGGUUUGAUGAUCUUUCCUCUUCCUCCGCGCUUGAACAUCGAAGCAGCUCAGCUCACACCUCUGCCCUGCCCCAAACUUCGAGGCGUUAAAGUGACCGUGGUUGUUCAGACUGUGGGGUUUAAGAAGCACACCAACCUUCACAUCGUUCACGAGCUUGUAAAGGACAUGCUGAAGGGAGUCACUGUCCACAAAGACUUCGUGAUAAGCCUGGAACAUUUCGAUAUAGACAUCAAAUAUGCUGUAGUAGACGGCAUAAAUCCAGAUUCUGCAACCGCAGGAAUGAUCACCCCAAAGACCAGUGUGGAGAUCUCCAACAUCCAGACUGUCAGGCAUUUCAGGAGUCAGCUGCAGGACCAGCAGACCAUCCCACUGGGAGGAUUGGAAGAGGUGACUGCAUCCCUGAAGGAGAUGCUGCAGCUGCCACUGCUCUAUCCAAGAAUCCUGAGCUCAGUUGGGGUGACCUGUCCCAGAGGCAUGCUGCUGGUGGGGCCUCCUGGGGUGGGCAAGACUCAGUUAGUGCAGAAGGUUGCAGGAGAAGUGGGAGCCAGUCUGGUUCCGGUCAGAGGCCCAGAGUUGGUGGGUUCCCGACCCGGCGAGAGCGAGGCGGCGCUGAGAGCCGUGUUUGAGCGUGCUCGCUCCGCAGCAGAGGACGGCCCCUGCGUUCUGUUUCUGGAUGAGCUGGACUCACUGUUUCCCAGGAGAACUGCCUCGUCGGCGCCGGAGAACCGGCUGGUGGCUCAGCUUCUCACCCUCAUGGACGGAAUAGAUCAGUCUGACCGCUUCCUGGUCGUUGGAGCCACAAACAGACCAGACAGUUUAGACCCAGCGCUGCGCCGGCCCGGAAGGUUUGACAAAGAGGUCGUCAUCGGUGUUCCCACCUUGACUCAGAGGUUGGCCAUCCUAAAGGUUUUGUUUGAGAAGAUUCCUGUGUGCCCCACUGUGAACCUGGCUGAGCUCGCACAAAGAACGACUGGAUACGUCGGAGCCGACCUGAACGCGCUGUGCAGGGAGGCAAUCAUGCACGCUGUGAGAGAAAACGCAAAGGGUUCAGCAGAGCAGAAGGUGGUCAUGCGGCACUUCGAGGAGGCCCUGAAGGUCGUGAGUCCUUCCUGCCUGCGCAGCAGUCUAGGCAGGACAGAUCUCCCUCGGGUGCUUUGGGAGCACAUAGGAGGCCUGGAUGAAGUCAAACUCAAACUAAAACAGAGUAUUGAGUGGCCAAUGAAACACCCUGAGGCGUUUGUUCGUCUGGGUCUGUCACGGCCCCGGGGUGUGUUGCUAUUCGGACCCCCGGGGUGUGCAAAGACCACCCUGGUUAAAGCUGCAGCCACCUCAUCCAGCUGUGCUUUCCUGUCGGUCAGCAGUGCUGACCUCUACUCUUCUUACGUCGGCGACUCAGAGGCGGCCUUAGCUCAGCUGUUUCGCCAGGCCCGCGCCUGUGCUCCCAGCAUCCUGUUCCUCGACGAGAUCGACUCUCUGAUUGGCUCCCGGUCCACCAACGAGACACAGAACAGCGAGCAGACGCGUCUCCUGUCCGUGCUGCUGAAUGAGAUGGACGGGAUCGGUGUAAAAACAACCGAGAGGAGGGGGGCAGAGAAGACUCUGCAGGCAGAGGGAAUGACCAAGAGUGGAGCACAGGAAGAGUUGGAGUGGGAGGAAGUGUGCAACAAAGACGUGAUGGUUGUAGCUGCGACCAACAGACCAGACUGCUUAGACAGCGCCCUCCUCAGACCAGGAAGAAUGGACCAUAUUAUUUAUGUGCCGCCGCCCGAUCAACAGGCACGGUUGUCCAUUUUGAGGGUGUGCACAAAGCGGAUGCCCAUCUGUGCAGAUGUGAGUCUGGAGGAGCUGGCGGAUAAGACUGAGCUUUACUCUGGAGCAGACCUGGAAAAUCUGUGUAAAGAGGCUGCUCUUUUGGCGCUACUGGAGGAAAACAUGAAGGCUUCAACGAUCAAACGUGCACAUUUUCUGGAUUCACUCAGCAAUAUGAGGCCUUCACUCACUGCCCAGCAGAUCCAAGCAUAUCUAACAACCCCCAGAUAACAUUACCCUCUUCAGUCAUGGAUGUGAUACUUAUAGGUUUCAAAUAAAUAUUGAAAAACUCUG